AUAAAAACGCAUGUUUAUCGAACCGCUGCAAUCAAAGAGUGAUUGCCAUUUGGAAAGUGACAACAGAAAUGAAGAUUUUGGUUGCCAUUGCCAUUUUGACGGUCGGAGUUGCCCGGGCCAGUUACUAUCCGGCAUUCUACCCAGGUUACAAUCCGUAUGCGGCCCUUUCAGCGUUAGGUCUGUACCAUCCUUGGAUAGCUCCACCGGUGGCUCCACCUGUGCCGUAUUCUGGAACCUACUCGUACCACGAUGGCCACCGACCAACGGUAGUUCAGGCCAACAAUGAUGGGUACGCGUUCCCGCAUGUGGCCGCCAAGAGUGCCUACUCGUGGGAUCCCUGGACCCACCAUGGACACUCGGCAGCUGCAGCUGCAACUUGGGGAGUUCCUGCUGCAGCGAUCGCCACUCAUGUGCACGCUCCAGCAGCAGCAGCAGUCGCAACAACGCAAGCUGUAGCAGUUCAUCCGGCGAAUCCGUACCAGAAAACGGUGGUCCAGGCCAAUCUGGGAGGAGUAGAUCCUUGGAAGUAUGCCUCCUUCUACGGGACCGGUAUCUACGGUCAUGGGUGGAACAACUAUAUUCCAGCUCCGGCCAAAUAUUGGUACGGAGGACACUAUUGAGUGGAGGUAGGGAAUUCGAGAGCGUGCUGUUGUUUUAAUUUAUUAAACGGAACGAAGAAGUUGAUUAAAGAUGG